ACCAUCACCCCCCUUCACCUUCUGUGGAAUGGACUGCUUUGGUCCAUUCCUCACGAAGCAAGGAAGAAAGGAGAACAAGAGGUAUGGUCUACUUUUCACUUGCUUUAGCUCCCGUGCCAUUCAUAUUGAGAUGCUUGAUGGCAUGUCCACAGACGCCCUCAUCAAUGGCCUCCGAUGCUUCAUUGCUAUGCGUGGUGCUGUUCGUCAGAUCAAGUCCGAUCAAGGUAGCAACUUCGUUGGAGCCAAAAACGAACUUAAGGAAGCUCUAAAGGAAGUUGAUGCAGACCGGCUGGCUGUAUUCCUUGCUGAAAAACAAUGUGACUUUUGCAUGAAUGCACCUUAUUCAAGCCAUGUCGGAGGUGUUUGGGAGAGACAGAUUAGGACGGUGAGAAGCGUUCUAAGGUCCACGCUUGCUCUUUCCUCUGGAAGGCUAAAUGAUGCUUCACUGCGGGCUUUUCUCUAUGAAGCUAUGGCAAUCGUCAACAGUCGACCACUGACUGUUGACAACCUCAGUGAUCCUCAUAGUCUUGAGCCACUCACACCUAAUCAUCUUCUGACUAUGAAAACUGUCAGGGCCUUACCACCUCCAGGCGAGUUCGUCAGAGAGGACAUGUAUGGCAAGAAAAGGUGGCGACAUGUUCAAUACCUGGCAGAACAGUUUUGGAGUCGAUGGCGAAAGGAAUACCUGGCCAACAUCUCUCUCAGACAACGUUGGCAUGCACCGAAGAGAAAUCUUCAAGUUGGAGAUAUCGUAAUGAUGAAAGGAGAGGAUGCACACAGGAACGAGUGGAGAUUAGGUAGAGUUUUAGAAACUACUAUUGACAAAGACGGACUAGUAAGGAGAGUUAAGAUCUGCCUCGGUGACAGGAAUCUUGGCAAGAAAGGAGAGCGUCUCCAUAAGAUGUCUGAAGUCGAGCGCCCUGUCCAAAGGCUAGUCCUGCUAUUGGAGACUAAUUAAACUUGUUCUCUCUUUACAUAAUUUGUUUUUUUUUGCACUUUCAUGAGGAAGGUCAUUUUUUUUGUUAGAAAAUCAUUCGUGUUUAAUGUUAACUGUAUACUGUUCCAUUAGGGACUCAUGAUUGGUGGGAGUGUAAAUAAUUCUUAUGAAGGUCUGUUAAAAUAACCACUUUCUCCAUGCUUUUAUUUUGAUACUGUAUUUUGCCGUCAUGGGUCUUUUAUUUUGACGCAGGAAGUUUGAAUCUACAGUAGGUAACUUGACUUGAAGGAGAUCGCGCGAAAAGGUUAUUACGUGUAAUUACGGAAGGAAUUCAGGCUACAAACGGUUGCUCUGCAUAACAAUUUGUAGUAAUUAAUAAGUGCCUAGCUGGAAUGGGAACAAGCUCUUACGGUGUUUAUGAAGAAAGAUGUGAAGAAAGGAAUAUUUAUGCUCAAAACAAGGCUGACGGCUGAACGUAAAUAAAGGCUUCUGAAACAUC